AUGGAAGCACUUUUAAACAAAAUGGCACAGAAAGAAAGCCCUAUCCAACCAUGCAUAUUGAUUGUUGAUGAACUCCAAUUAUUUCAUGAUAUUGAAACAUCAUCAAAAGCACUAAAUCUAUAUCGUAGCAUAACAACUAGUGAAUUUGUUAUUAGUUUAGUGACAGCUAACACACUAUUUUCAUUAACAUUACCUUUAUGUAAAUCAUUACAAUCAGUAACAUGUGAUUUAAGUGAAGCAGUGACAUUUGUCGAAACUGUUUUGAAUGAAGUUGAAGACAUGCGAAUCAAUAUAAACCAAACAUUUAAAGAAAUAUUUGAAAAGACAACAAAUAUGUUAAAGUUGAUAGACGGAGAGGAUCAGAUAAAAAUGCCAAGACUAGUUGGACGUCAAAAAAAUAGAAAUAACGUUAAUGUUAACUCUACAGAAGAAUAUUUCCGUAUAGCUAUUCCUUUUUAUGACGAUUUUAUUCAACAACUAAAAGAUAGAUUUUCAAAACACAAAACAGUUUUGUCUUCUUUAUAUUUAUUAAUACCAAAAAUGUGUUAUAAAGCUGCAAUAUCAGCCUCAGGUUUUAAUUUAUAUUCUGACUAUAUAGGUAUGGAUUUAUUACAAACAGAAAUUAAACUAUGGAAUAGGAAAUGGAUCUCACAUUCUCAGGACGAUCGUCCUAGUACAGCCGUUGAAGCAUUAAACAAUUGUAAUUCUGAUUUGUUUCCGUGUAUAUACUUUUUAUUAAAAGUUUUAGCUGCAUUACCAGUUUCAACUGCAACACCCGAGAGAACGUUCUCAACGCUGAAACGGACGAAAACAUUUUUGCGAAACGCUAUUGGACAAAACCGUUUAAAUGGCCUAGCAUUAUUAAUAUUGUUAUUUGUAAAUUUGAGAUCAACUACAAGCGAAGACCGAUUAGAAAGUUUGAUGAUUUUAAACUGUGAAAGAGAUAUAAACAUAGAUCAUAAUUUGGCCAUUGAUACUUUUGCAGCAACAUCAGAUUUAUUGAGGGACAAUUUAUUGUUUAAAUAA